AGGAGGAACAGAUGGAAGCAGAAAAGCAGUUUUAGGAAUACGGAUACAAUGUGUUCCUCAGUAACAGAUUACCAGUGAACAGAACAAUCCCUGAUACUCGAGACCACAGAUGUGCUGCGAAGAUCUACCCCAAGGACCUGCCGUCUAUUAGUGUGAUUCUGAUUUAUUUAAACGAGGCUCUGUCAGUCAUUAAAAGGGCAAUCCGCAGCAUCAUUGACAAAACACCUGCUCAUCUGCUAACAGAAAUCAUCCUGGUGGACGACUACAGCUUGAAUGAGGAUCUGCAGUUGCCUCUAGAUGAGUAUAUUGGUCUAAUUAAUAAAGACAAACCUGGCUUAAUCAAGAAAGUGAGACACAAAAGGCAGAUGGGCCUUGCCAAGGCAAGAAUAUCAGGCUGGGAAGCGGCCACAGGCCAGGUGGUGGCCGUUCUGGAUGCCCACAUUGAGGUUCACAAGGAAUGACAGGAGAAGAGUAAUGGCAAAAGGUUACAAAGGCCAGAAGAUCUGGAGAUUCUUAGAAGACUGAAGAGAAUAGAAGAUCAAGUUCAUAAAAUAGGUGAGUUUACAUUUUGAGAACAUUAUCAAUGAUUAAAAGGAUGUUCAAAUGUUAUAUACUUUAUUUUUUCAGCCAAAUUCAUAGAGUUCAAAAAUCAAAAAGUCAAAGAAACUGUUGUGGAGCAGAAAAUUGAGGUUAAGAAGUUGUAUCCACAAUCGCCUCUAUUCCGUUCAUGGGGAGCUGAACUCACAGAGGAGGAACAGAAGGAAGCAGAAAAGCAGUUUCAGGACUACGGAUACAAUGUGUUCCUCAGUAACAGAUUACCAGUGAACAGAACAAUCCCUGAUACUCGAGACCACAGAUGUGCUGCGAAGAUCUACCCCAAGGACCUGCCGUCUAUUAGUGUGAUUCUGAUUUAUUUAAACGAGGCUCUGUCAGUCAUUAAAAGGGCAAUCCGCAGCAUCAUUGACAAAACACCUGCUCAUCUGCUAACAGAAAUCAUCCUGGUGGACGACUACAGUUUGAAUGAGGAUCUGAAGUUGCCUCUAGAUGAGUAUAUUGGUCUAAUUAACAAAGACAAACCUGGCUUAAUCAAGAAAGUGAGACACAAAAGGCAGAUGGGCCUUGCCAAGGCAAGAAUAUCAGGCUGGGAAGCGGCCACAGGCCAGGUGGUGGCCGUUCUGGAUGCCCACAUUGAGGUUCACAAGGAAUGGGCAGAGCCACUGCUUGCAAGAAUCAAAACAGACAGAACAAUAGUGCUGUCGCCAGUGUUCGACAAAGUGCUUUUUGACACCCUGGAGGUUGUUAAGUAUAAUCCCUCUGCUCAUGCGUUUGACUGGAACCUUUGGUGCAUGUACGAGUCUUUCCGGCCAGAAUGGUACAAACUUAACGACCCAUCAGAACCAGGGAAGAGUCCCUCAGUCAUGGGUAUCCUUGUCGCUGAUCGUCAGUUCUUAGGAGAAAUUUGAGUUUUGGAUGAAUGACAAUUUAUGGGGGUGAAAAUGUUGAACUAGGAAUACGUCUCUGGCUCUGUGGUGGGAGUAUAGAAGUGGUGCCAUGUUCAAAGAUUGCUCACAUUGAAAGAGCACAUAAGCCUUAUUUACCGGAUCUCAGCAAAGCCAUGAUUCGAAAUGCUCUGAGAGUGGCUGAAAUCUGGAUGGAUGAAUAUAAAUCAAAUGUGAAUAUUGCCUGGAAUCUCCCUCUAAAGGAUCAUGGGAUUGAUAUUGGUGAUGUGAUCGAAAGAAAACAGUUACGAGAGAAACUCAAAUGUAAGCCCUUCAAAUGGUAUCUGGAAAAUGUUUAUCCUCUGCUAGAAAGCUGGGAAGACAUAAUGGGUUAUGGCGCAGUAAGUUGCUCAAAGUCUUCUGAUAUACACAAUUUCCAUCCCAAGAAGAGAUAAAUAAAGUUUAGUAAAUAGUUGAUCCAUCUAAACCAGUCAUCCCCAAAUUUCUGUUGUUUGUUUCUCAUGACAGUUGAAGAAUGAUCUUCUAGAAGGAUACUGUAUUGAUCAAGGACCAGUCUUGAAGAAAAAAAUGAGAUGACUAACUUUUAAGCCUAGUCUAAGCAGUUUAUGCAACCGGCAACUGCAUGAGAAAUAACAGAGAGAGGGCGCCAUUUUCUAACAUGUAUAUUCAGUCUCUUAGCAACGUGUUUGUUUAUGGGUUUCUCGGUUCGUGACAUCCAGUUGGUCGAUUGAAACAUUUCAUUGUAUUGCUCGCUAUAUAGAUUUAUAGUGUUGAUAUACAAUGGAUCAAGUUGAGCUUAUGUCAGACCGAAUCGCAGCUGUUCAACUUGACAGAAAGAGAAACAGGGAGCUGCAGCGCCGAGAGAGGAUCUUUAAUGAUAAAGUCCGCACGAUUGGACUUGACAAGGAUGCUCUCGACUAUCAAGUUAAAGAACGAAGAGAGAAAGACCAACGCGAAGCAAAUGAACUGAAAGUCUAUGCUGAUGACCUGCUGUGCAGUGAUCGUGUAGCCUGUGUCCUGGAGCAGCGGCAGAAGAAAGAUGAGCAUCUGCUGAAUGAAGCCAUUGUGCAAUUUAGGCAACAAUUCCAACAAACUACCAGCAGACGUGAGUUUGAUUUGAAUGAUCCAGAGCUGCUGAAGAAGCAGGAAGGGGUGCGGAUACUUCCGGGACUGACUGGAGAAGAUCUGGCCCAGAAGGACCGGCUGAGGAAGCAGCAGGAGCAGCUCAGAGCAUGGAGCCUGCAACAGCAAGAAGAACUGGAGCGAGCAAAACAACAGCUACAAGAAAAAGUGCAUCAGUAUGAUCAAAGCAGACUAUCUCUGGACAACCGAGCUCUUGAAUUGCAGAAGAUGGAGGAACAAUGCAAAAGAGCUACAGCCAUCGCCACCAAAAACUUUAACCUGGCACUGGCUGCAGAAAUCACACAUCGACGUCUACAAGAGCAUCAUGAGGAAGAGGAAAACAACCAGACGGACAUCCUGAACCAGCUAAAUGGGGACCUGCUGAUGGAAAACCCUGAACAGAAAGUUAGUGUGCUGGGUCUGUCUCGCCUGCGCAGGGACUGUUACAAGGGAAUGAGUCCUAAAGAGCUCCAGCAGUACACACAGUACCAGCUGCAGCAAGCAGAAGAUAGGAAGAGUGCUGUCACGAAGCAACGGGAGAAGGAGCUUCAGGAGCAUCACGAGCACAUGACAUCAGCCCGUGCUGCACUGCUGCUAGAAAGACAGCAAGCGCGCUUUAAUAAGGAGCUGCGCAGGGCUUUGGACAACACCAAUGCACAGCUGGCCCAGGCCCAUGAUGCUCAGAAGAAACAACUUCAGGACCUGUCCACCAACAUUCCUGACGAGCGCUACUUUUCCCAGUUCAAUACCAGCAGUAGAUAAACUUCACAGCGGGAACCUGAAAGACGAACACCAUCAGGGCUCAGCGAUCGAGGACAAUA